ACCUCACAGAUAACUCCUGCUGAUAUCUCACUAUCUGUACAUGAAGAUUGUUCCUUUUCUCCUCCUUGGCAUGCUGGGCUGCCUUCAAAUUCUACUUCUCCAAGAACAUCACAGUGGGCAGACAUACCCAGACCUGUAAGCCUCCACCCUGUCAUCUAGCAUCGUGAUGGACCUGUUCCAGUGGAGUUUACUCUUGUUCAGCAUCUUGCUAAUUGGGAUCUUUCUCCUUUCCCAAUGGAGCACCACCUUCAAUUUCUACUGCAAGAUGGCUUUCUUUUUCACCUGGUGUACAUACUGGGCUGCAACAAUGACCAUUUUCUUGUCUCCAGUCCUGCGGAGGAAUCCAGAUAACAUGAAGUUAUUGCGCAUCUUUAUUUGGCCACUCAAACAUUUCUACGGCAUCAAGAUCGCAGUGCAAGGCUCUGAGAACUUGAAUAUGAAGGAGCCAUAUGUGAUAGUUUGCAACCACCAGACCUACCUUGACCUCUUGGGAAUGAUGGAGAUAAUGCCAGAUCGCUGUGUUCCUGUUGCCAAAAAGGAGCUGUUGCAACUGUGCCUGGUGGGCUGGGCCUGCUGGCUGUCCGGCAUGAUUUUCAUCAACCGCAGGGAGAAGGAAGAGGCCAGAGAGAUCUUCAGGCAGGCUGCACAGACCAUGUGGCAUGAGAAUUUGAGGAUCUGGGUUUAUCCAGAAGGUACCAGGAACAAGGCGGAAACCCUGCUGCCCUUCAAACGGGGGGCAUUUCAUCUUGCUGUGCAAGCCCAGGCCCCCAUAGUUCCUGUUGUGAUCUCUUCUUAUCGGGACUUCUAUAGCGCCAAGGAGAAGAGGUUUACUGCAGGAACUCUUAAGAUCCGGAUUUUGCCCAAAGUGGAAACACAAGACCUGAGUUUAGAAGACAUCCCAGAACUUUCAGAUAGCAUCCGCAGGAGGAUGCAGGAUACUUACAAUGAAAUCUCUGGGGAAAUGAGUAAGGGGAAGGAUGCCAAACAGUGAGCGCUCCUUUCUACUUCCUUCCAAAGAGAGGACCUGGGGCAGGGGGAGCGUAGAGACUUUGGGCAGGGUGGGUAGACCUGCUCUGGCCUAGGUUUGGGACUAUCUUCCUCAUAAGGUUGCCCAUAAGCAUGGCCUAUUCCAUCAUAUUUCUGCAAUCCAAGCCUUUUGUUGCCAAAUAUUUUACUUAUGCUGCAAAAGGAUUAAGUUGAUCUACAAAACAGAGGAGCAGAAACAGAAAUGCUUUAGAAUUCUGGGAUGAAGCAUUCUUCAAAUCUAUUUUAAUUGUCAAACAAAAUGGCUAACACAAUGUUUUUAAUUCUGCCCUUCCUUUAAGGAGCUCAGAGCUCUUCAUUCCAGUAUCCUCAAAACAGCCCUGUGGUAAAUUAAUCCCAAAGGGUGAAGGUGGCCCAAUGCCACAAAACUUCAUGGCCACACAAGUUUGAAUGCAGGUCUCUCAGGUCCUUGUCCUCCUACCAGGGCUUUUUUUCUGGGAAAAGAGGUGGUGGAACUCAGUGGGUUGUCCUCGGAGAAAAUGGUCACAUGGCUGGUGGCUCCACCCCCUGAUCUCUAGACAGAGGGGAGUUUAGAUUGCCGGUGCGGAGGGCAAUCGAAACUCCCCUCUGUCUGGAGAUCAGGGGGCGGGCCCACCAGCCAUGUGACCAUUUUCAAGAGGUUCCGGAACUCCGUUCCAUUGCGUUCCUGCUGAAAAAAAGCCCUGCCUCCUACCAUUAUGCUAUAGUGGCUCUUUGACAAAAGGUUACCUUUCUUCUUAGUGAGAGGACUGUUGGUAUAUGAGUAAGCAAGCUUUUGAGACCCACAGCCCUCUUUUCUGUUGAGGAAAAUCUCUGUGCAACCCUAAAGUUUGCAAAUAAUUACACCACAACAGAAGUGGACCUGGAUAGAAGAUUCCAUCUCUUGCAUUCUACAUACAUCUUUAUUUGCUGAGAACAACCCAACUAGUUAACCCAGGGGAAGGGGGCCUACUGAACUCUGAUAAAAGAAUCUAGGCAGCUCCCUUUAGAAGGGGAAAUUGGGACUCUUUGAAAGAAUAGGAGGUGAGCCCUGCAACUGGGUUGUUUUAAUAGGCUACUAGUUUAUAGAUAUUGUUGUCAGAUCUUUGUGAUUUUUAUUAGAGGUUUUAUUUAUUUGUUUUAAAUGUUAUUAUAACCUGCCUUUGGGGGCCUUUUGUAAACCAAAUAUAAUUUUUGAAAAUAAAAAAUAAAUGUGCCUUUGA